AUGGAACCCUCAUAUGAUCACGAACAUCCACAUCAUCUGCUAACAAAUUACAACACGAAAAAGUAUUCGCAUUUAUCGCGCACGCCCGAAUACAGCCACUCGACAGGCAGUGAUUAUCCGGAGCAUGGUUACUUAGCUGAUAUGCGGAUGCUGCAGGACAGCACCAAUGAUGGAAACGGCAUAUACCAUGUGCGCCAGGGCAGCGAGCACUCAUCGCCCAGUCUGCACUCCCCAGCCAUACAGAACGCCAGUAGUUACGACAACGAACACUCAAUGGUGGAUGCGGCGCAUUCGGUGCACAGUCACUCCCCGAUGGUUUCCAGCGCGUAUGUGGGCACAGGAGCCUCACUGAUUAGUACAAAUAUACCGCUGCUAGGUGGCGGUACAUCGGUGCUAAACAAAUUUCUAUCACAUCCCAGCAUGGUGUCUGUGGGAAUGUCGCCCAGCGGCAUGGACGACUGUCCUUCCCCUAUUGAGCCAUCUAUGUGGAGUUACGAUUAUAAAGGCGACAUAUGUGCACCUAAUUGUGGUGGCUAUAUGGACCGACAUAAGGGCAUGCCAAACGAUUUAAAGUACAGACCCGGCGGAAAUCAGUCAAAAAGUGCCAAAGAGUCGCGUAUACGUCGGCCGAUGAAUGCGUUUAUGGUGUGGGCCAAAAUAGAACGCAAGAAGCUGGCUGACGAGAAUCCCGACCUGCAUAAUGCGGACCUCAGUAAAAUGUUGGGUAAAAAAUGGCGCUCGUUGACGCCUCAAGAUCGCAGACCUUAUGUCGAGGAAGCAGAGCGCCUGCGGGUCAUACAUAUGACGGAGCAUCCCAAUUACAAGUACAGACCUAGGCGGCGAAAGCAGUCGAAACUGCGCACAAUGCAACCAGGGGGCAAGGAACAAAAUGAAACUCCAACGAAUGGAAGUGUAAAUGCGAAAUCGACGCCCAAAUUAUCCACUUCGCCACUAGCUACCACAGGUAGCUACAACACUCCCACCGAUGAAAGCACCUGCACAUCGACACAUAUGUCCACCCAGAAUAGCGGCAGCAUCUACGAGCAGCCACUCAAGCCAACCUACUCGCCCAGCUCCGUUGAAUGUUACAGCAAUCCCGACACAACGGAACAAAUCGAAUCCCUGGCAGCUAGUUGCCAGCCGGCGGGACUUGACAGCUACGACAGCUCACUCCUGCUAAAGAAGCUGACCAAGCCAAACAAUGCCACGAGUCGCGCGAACAAGCCACGCCAGCAAUCCGCCACCUCAGCCAACAACAGUAGCAGCACUGGCACUGCCAAAACCGCCAAUGAGAAACAGGCCAAGGCAGAUGAAAAAUCUAAGACACAGCCGGGUCUAUACUCAUCUUAUCCGCUGGCGCCCACUUCCGUUGCGGUCGUGGCAGGACGUGGCAUGUAUGUGACCUGCAAUAAUCGCGGCCUGCUAGAUCACGGCCACUCUGUGAAGGGCACCUUCUAUCCCCCUGUCUCCGCAGUUGAGGAAGAUGCCUCGUCCAGCGCCGCCGCCGCCGCCGCCAUGCGUUCCAAUAUGAGCAGUAACAGUGCCCUCCACUGCGUCACCGUGACCUCCAAUAGCAUGACCCUGACGCCUGCACCCAGCAUUCAGCGUCCGCUAGAAGAGCUGAACAAUUACACAGUCCCCGACAAUUGCAAUAGCCUGCGCAUAAGCAUGAACGACUUGAGCAACAGUGAUUACUUGACCACUGGAAACGUGUAUGGGAUGCAAUACGAGGAUUUUUUGCGCUACCAGAGCAACGAAGUGGAAUACGCGCCUGUGCACUGCGAGAGCAGCAUGUCCGAGCAGCACAAGGACCCAAACAACGGAGGCAGUCAGAAAUGCGUCAAGUAUCCAGAUACAAAUCACAAUUAUGACGACUACGAAGCCUACAACAAUGCCAUGGCAUUGUCCGCUCCCUCAGCCAGUGGUGCCAGCUAUUAUACACAGCUGCCCUACUCUUUAGCCCCGGGCGGAGCUUGUGCCCCAACAGGUCUGACUGCCUUCCCGCUGCAGCUGGCAGUGCCGUUUCAGCAGACCGGAGGAGCAGGCGGAGCCGCCGCCUAUGCCCAUGCACAUGCACACGCCCAGCCAAUGCAAACUAGCUAUUUGCACUACAACAACUACAGCUUGGCAACGACCAGUGGCUACGAUACAAACGGCGCUUCCACACAUCUUGUCCAGCAGCAGCAGCAGCAACAGCAGCCUCUGUUGGCACCAACGCCGACACCUCCUCCGCCGCACUCCCACUCCCACACUCAGGCACAAGGCGUAGCCAGUGGAGCCACUCCUAGUAGCAGCCCUAUGCAUCCGCACCAUUUCUCGGCCAAUGGCACUAUUGCCGCUUCUGGCGUUGCCGUGGCCAGUGAGAUGAUAUUCGAGCAGCGGAAGGAUGAUGAAAUCAGCAACAUCUUGGCUGGUGUCCGCAAGACAUGCUACAGCAACUGACCACUUGUCAGCCGAUACCGAAAUACUCUUCCACUAUGGGCUAAGCCACGGGUUUUGUUGGCCAAAAUGAACAUAUCUUGCACAUGUUAUUAUCACCGAAUUUUUACAAUUUUUAGAUUUACAUGUUUUAUAUCCAAUGGAAGCGAAACCGAUAAAGAAUGGCUACAUUUUACAAUCCGAACUCAUUUAGACAAGCCUCCCACUAUGUAAGGCUCAUAAAUACGUUAA